CCACUUCUUUCAAGUGAGGUCCCUUAAAAGCGGGCGACGGUAGCAGCUGAGUGGGUUUUGUGAAUACGGCGUUUAAGUCUUUUUCCUUCCCUUUUUAUUUAAGGUUUCACGUAACUAUAAGGCAAGAUGGUUAAACAGCUCAAAGAUAUGAGUGACUUUAACAAUGAACUGAAGAAUGCUGGAUCUAAGCUUGUAGUCAUUGAUUUCUCAGCAACGUGGUGUGGUCCCUGUAGACAGAUAGGGCCAUUUUAUGAGAGUCUUCCUGGUGUUUACUCAGAUGUAGUGUUUCUUAAAGUUGAUGUGGAUGAGGCUGAGGAUGUUGCCCAACACUGUGAAAUCAGUGCCAUGCCUACAUUUGUUUUCAUUAGAAAUGGAAAGACGUUGGAUUCUUUUUCUGGAGCAAAUGCUGAAAACCUAAAACUACGUAUUGAGAAACACAGAACUCAAUAACACCAGUGAGAGAACAACUUUGGGGAGAAAAAAGAAAAUUGUUUAAAUUUUUGUAUGUAUUUGAUGCAAGACGUAAAUAAAAGUGUUAUCAGACUUGUUU